AUUUUAAAUUGCAAAUUGAUCACAUUAUUUUUCUAUAUAUGUAUGCGUUCAUUUUUUUUUUAUUUUAUUCAAACAUUUACAUUGAAAGCUGCAUAUUAAAUUAUUUGAACGCAAAUUGAAAGAAAUUAAAUAAAUAUAAUCUGACUGAUAUAUUGACUGGAAUUAAUAUUACGGUAUGUAUUGUGUUCCUAAAGGUAAUAAGAAGCGGCUUAACAAAACCAAAAAGAAUAACAGAAGUAUCAACCGAACUUAAAUGCUGAGAAAUGAACACCAUGUUGGGAAUAAGAGUGGUCAUCCUCACCAUUUUGUGUUCAACAACUACGGCUACAGCGACACCAACGACCCCACCAACAACAACAACGGACUCGCAGACUAGCUCCGGUCAAAACUCGACAACAGUGAUCAUGACAAGUGUCUCGGUCACAACGGCUGAUCAUAAACUGACUUGCCCAGAACCAAAGCCGAUCAUUGGAGGCGCUAUCAUAUCUAACGGACCUUACUACGCAAACGCAACGAAAGUGGUGUUCGAUUGUUUCUCUGGUUAUUGGAUGAGCGGACCCAGCAGUGUUUUGUGCUCUCCAGGGGGAACUUGGGACCUCAACUUAACACAAUGUGUGCCGAUAAAUAACCAGCCUUACGUGCACACUGAACUUACAAUCCAGAACGAAAGUCAAGUGUUGCCCUACUGGUUGAUGAUAGUGCUGUGUGUAACCUUCGGUCUCCUGUGUCUUCUACUGCUAGCCUGUGUGGUGGCGCUGUGCAUGAAGAUGUGUGGAUGUUGGCAACUGCGUUGCUGCAAGACAAGAGUCCUGCAUUCUCGCAUGUCAUGGCAACAAACACCUGACGAAAUCAUCGUUGAACCACCAAAGGUGACACCUCCUAUGAACAGCAAGAAGCGUAAAAAUUCUGCUGUGAAACCGGAUCACGUUUGGAUGCCACACAGUCACGAAGUGCGUAAUAUAAACACGAGCACAAAAUAAUAAUGUCAAAACUACAACGCUGACAAGGCGAAAACAUCACGACCAAGAUGUAUAAACAACGAAAACAAUGGUUAUUCGAAACCCAUACUAGUUCAUAUAUGGUUAUAUGCACAUAUAAUGCCGUCUAAACAUUCUCUAUAGACUUAAGCCUUUAUUUAACGUACGUGCAAACUCAUGCGGUGUGUGAUAAAAAAGUAUCCAUUUUUCUAUGCUUUUUUGGUACAAAGUGCUACGUAAUUGUUUACUAAUACU